AUAUUGCACUUCAGCCCUGGAUGACAGGAAACAGCCUUUACUGCUCACAGAGCUGUGGGACUCUGUGUGUUGUUUCCAUGCAAAGCUUCAGUGAAAUCCCUUAUAUUAUAAUCAGUGUUUUUAAAUAACGUUGGCUGCUCAAUCCCUUCAUUUCCAAAAUGUCAUAUUUCCUUUGUCUUCCACCUCUUCCGCUUCAUGACUCAAUAGAGUUUUCAUUGGCUUCCACUGGCACAUCAGGCAUUAUUCAACACCUACACAUGCUGGGAGAGAUAAAGUGGCAGCCCCUCUGUAGUCUCAUCUCCUUUUUCUUUUCUCUCCUCUCCCUCCCUCCAAAACCCAAUCUCAUCACAUGCACAUGGAAGAUUGACACAGCAUUUACAGCUGGGGGGGUGCAUGAGUACGCACAGGAGAGUGCUCGCAGACAGGAUUAUAUCAAGUGAAGGAGGCGGCGGAGGACAAUGCAGGAUUAAAAAGAGAGAAACAACGGGGAUGGAACGAUGAAUAAGCAACGAAGGAGAAACUAGAAGAAGAAAGUGAGGAGAGAAUAGGGGACAACAAACCGUGAGGUGUGAGGAUGUGGGAGCACGGCCCUGGACUGUGAGGGGGGGAUUUUGAGACGUGUAAAGGAACUGGAAACACGAGCGAGUGACAGAAAACAACAACAAGCCUGAGGGGAGUGGUCUUCACACUGACUCAAAAACCACCUCGGUGCUGGAGACCUGGUCUCUGGGAGCAGGACAGAGUCUGGCCUCCGACCCUGACCCCCCUGCACCAGUGAUCAUUGGUGCCAUGGGAACAAGUAAAUCCAACAGGUACAGCGUUGUGUCAGGCAUUUUACCGGUGGACGAGCGCCAGAAGAUCGCCAGUUUAGGACUCUGCAACGGCCACAGCUCCACCAACUUCCAACUGCGCUCAGCCUGCAACACAGAGACGGACGACAGUCGGAGGAGGUCAGGAGAAUCUGUGGUGUCCAGCACGAGGACACACGGAGGGAUGAACAACUACAACGGAAAGAUUCUGACAAGGGGCUCCAACCAAGUGCGGAGCAGGUUUGUUAAGAAAAAUGGACAAUGUAAUGUUGUGUUCACCAACAUGGAAGACAAGAGGCAACGCUACCUCGCCGACAUCUUCACCACCUGCGUGGACAUCCGCUGGAGGUAUCUGCUGCUUAUAUUCUGCGCCAGCUUCAUGGUGUCCUGGCUUUUCUUCGGCAUUAUCUUCUACACCGUCUCCCUGGCACAUGGAGACUUUGAGGAGCAGCCCACAGGGAAGGGAGAUGGGCUGGUGGUCGGGGAGUUGCAUGGACCCACCCCUGGACACACAGCCGGAGGGCAGCCACAAAGGAUGCCCUGCAUACUUCAUGUGCAGGGAUUCGUUGGGGCGCUCCUGUUCUCCAUGGAGACCCAGACCACUAUUGGUUACGGCUGGCGCUGCGUUACCGAGGAGUGCCCAGUCGCAGUGCUGACAGUGAUGGUCCAGUCCAUCGUCGGCUGCAUCAUUGACUCUUUCACGAUUGGCACCAUCAUGGCCAAGAUGGCACGGCCAAAGAAGAGGAAUCAGACCCUUGUGUUCUCCAAGAAUGCCGUCAUCUCUCUGCGCGACGGCAAACUCUGCCUCAUGUGGAGGGUGGGGAACCUGCGGAAGAGCCACAUCGUGGAGGCUCAUGUCCGAGCACAGCUCAUAAGGUCGUACGUCACAGCUGAGGGUGAAUUCAUCCCCUUGGAGCAGAUGGACCUGAACGUGGGCUACGAUGAGGGCACCGACAGGCUGUUUCUAGUAUCGCCACUGGUUAUAGUCCACGAGAUAGAUAAAGAUAGCCCCUUGUACACUUUGAGUCGAGCUGAUCUGGAGUCAGAUGACUUUGAGGUUGUUGUGAUCCUGGAGGGGAUGGUGGAGGCCACGGCCAUGACCACCCAGUUCCGUAGCUCCUACCUUGCUCGAGAGAUCUUCUGGGGUCACAGGUUCGAGCCUGUGAUCUACGAGGACCGGGACCGCUACAAGGUAGACUACUCUCGCUUCCAAAAGACCUACGAGGUGCCGUCAACGCCUCACCUCAGCGCCAAAGAACUCGGCGAGGCCGCGAGUCGAGCCUCCUCUGUCGCUUCUCACGUCUCCGCGUAUAGAUCCACUCAAGACUUGAUUCCCAGGACGCUGAGCGCCUUCUGUUACGAGAACGAAGUGGCCCUGAGCUGCGACGAGGACGAGGACGACAUUUUCGACUCCUCUCCGAGCGUGGGGAAGGAGAGGCCGGAGGAAAGGACGACCUCAGUUUCUGUAGACUUCCAAAAUAUGUUCCAGGACACAGCCACCAUGACAUCAGGCAGUCACAGCGUCAUGUGUGUUCUGGACAUGGACAACAAUGAGAUGGAGUUUGACAACCUGCAGACGGCCAUUCCUCUUGAUCCUGUGACCUACAAGAGCGAGCAAGAGAUCUGAAGAACAGGGGGUACUGUCUCUGUUGUCCUUCUUCACCCACAAAACUGGAGCUGCAUGUACAGAUAGUUGAACCCCUUUGCCUUUCCAGUGUUGUUUUAUAUUUAGAUUUUGCAGACCUUCCUCUGAGAGCCACAACAACCAAUCAGACUGAUUUCACAGGACGACGAAUCAAAGUGUUCGACAAGGGAAAGCACAAAAACAGAAAAUGUGCAGAAACUUGAAUGUUGUUUUAGACUCUGCGCUAAUUUUUCAUAGUUAGAAAAAUACUUUCGUUAAUGUCAAUGUAAACAUGAGAUUCUAUGAAAGCAACAGCACUUUUGACGUCCUCCUUUAUGAAGAGGACUGAGUCAGGACGAGGUCCAUUUAUAAAGACGGGCUCUUUUAUCAAAAGUGUGGUCAAUAAAUGCUUGAUAAUCUGCACUUUACCAUGUGAGUGUGUGUUGUACUGUAGAGUGACGUCCAGAUGUGUUUUUAAAUGUACAGCAGGCUCAACAUCUGUUAACUCCUGAGAGCAUCGUUAACAAAACACCAACAGAAAUAUGUUUAGAAAGAAAUUGCAAGAUGUUCAAUCUCCUACUUCCUAAACCGUCCCUGAAACUCUCUUUUAUCAUAUAAGUUUCUAAAGUUUCGAACUUGAUAUUAACUUGCUUGACUGAGAGUGUUUGAAGGGUUUUGAGUGGCAGUGGAUUAAGUCGACCUGACUAGAAGAAGAAGAUGGUGGUAAAUGUCCCUUUGUAUAAAACACAUAGUCGUUUGUUUUCUCUGCUGCAAAGUCUUCCUGCUUCGUACAAAUCAGAAGAUAAACGUCCCUCUGAUCGGUGAUUAAACUGCACUGAAGAUCCUAAUUGAAAAGCACUGGAGAGACAUUAUCCAGAACAAAGCACUUUACUCUUCCUUCUGUUGAUGUUGCAAAUAAAUAUUUCUAUCAUUUUG